AUGAACUCGUUCUACUACGAAAACGUCCUCGGGGCGCUCACCAAGAAGCCCGAUGUCGGCAUCCCGCCCAUCCCGCCGCACCUGCACCACCCCGAGCAGUCGACCCAGUACGGCCACACCUACCUCUGGGUCGUCUUCGCCAUCAUGGCCGUCUCGUCGGUCUUCUUCUUCAUCACCUCGCAGCGCGCCUCGUACCGCUACCGCCUGAUGCACACCACCACCUUCUUCAUCACCGCCAUCGCCGCCCUCUCCUACUUUGCCAUGGCCACCGGCGUCGGCAAGGACUUUGUCAACGUCGGAACCAAGAACGACCCCCGCCCGCGCGAGUUCUUCUACGCCCGAUACAUCGACUGGGCCUUCACCACGCCGCUGCUCCUGCUCGACCUCACCUUCCUUGCCGGCCUCCCCGUGGCCGAGAUCAUCGUGCUGAUCAUCGCCGACCUGGUCAUGAUCAUCACUGGUGUCAUUGCCGGCUUCCACCCCGUCAAGACUGGCAAGUGGGGCUUCUUCGCCUUUAGCUGCAUCGCCCUCGUCUGGAUCAUUAUCCAGCUCGUCACCUCGGGACGCUCGACGGCCUUCCACCGCGGACCCAAGGUCGGCGGCCUGUACAACCAGGUCAGCCUGGCGCUCGUCGUCGUCUGGUCGCUCUACCCCGUCGCGUUUGCCCUGUGCGAGGGCACGGGCAAGCUGUCGGCCGACAAGGAGAUCCUCUUCUUUGCCAUCCUCGACGUCAUCGCCAAGCCCGUCUGGGGCGCCUGGCUCCUCUUCGCCACCCCCGACGAGGGCCACGUCCUCGUCCCCGAGAGCCUCUGCGCCCCCGCUGGCAGCCCCGGCGGUGGCGGAUACGGCGCCAUCUCGUCGGAGCCCCGCGCCGAGGACGCCUAA